GAGCCCCCGCGCCGCGUUGCUGAUGCUGCUCCUGCGCCCGAUCAAGCUGCUGAGGAGGCGCUUCCGGCUGCUGCUGCUGCUCGCCGUGGUAUCGGUGGGACUCUGGACUCUGUAUCUGGAGCUGGUGGCGUCGGCCCAGGCCGGCGGGAACCCCCUGAACCACAGGUAUGGCAGCUGGCGAGAACUGGCCAAGGCCCUAGCCAGCAGGAACAUCCCAGCCGUUGAUCCGAAUCUCCAAUUCUACCGUCCCCAGCGGCUGAGCCUCAAGGACCAAGAAAUUGCCCGAAGUAGGAGUAGGAACAAUAGCUACCUGAAGUGGAACAAGCCUGUUCCCUGGCUCUCAGAGUUCCGGGGCCACGCCAACCUGCAUGUGUUUGAAGACUGGUGUGGCAGCUCCAUCCAACAGCUCAGGAACAACCUGCACUUCCCGCUCUAUCCCCACAUCCGCACAACCCUGAGGAAGCUGGCUGUGUCCCCCAAGUGGACCAACUAUGGCCUCCGCAUAUUUGGCUAUCUGCACCCCUUCACCGAUGACGCUCUGCUGUUGCCCAGGGAAAAUCCAGUUUGCCAUCGCUGCUGAUGACAAUGCUGAGUUCUGGCUGAGUCGUGAUGACCAGGUCUCAGGCCUUCAGCUGCUGGCCAGUGUGGGCAAGACAGGAAAGGAAUGGACAGCCCCUGGAGAGUUUGGGAAAUUUCAGAGUCAAAUUUCCAAGCCAGUGAGUUUAUCAGCCUCCCUCAGGUACUACUUCGAGGUCCUGCACAAGCAAAACGACGAGGGCACUGACCACGUGGAGGUCGCGUGGAGACGGAAUGACCCUGGAGCCAAGUUCACCAUCAUUGACUCCCCCUUCUUAUCUCUCUUUACAAAUGAGACCGUCCUAAGAAUGGAUGAGGUGGGUCACAUCCCACAGACAGCAGCCAGCCACGUGGGCUCCUCCAACACUCCUUCACGAGAUGAGCAGCCCCCAGCUGACAUGCUGCGGCCUGACCCUCGGGACACCCUCUAUCGAGUGCCUCUGAUCCCCAAGUCCCACCUGCGCCACGUCCUGCCCGAUUGUCCCUACAAACCCAGCUACCUGGUGGAUGGACUCCCGCUACAGCGCUACCAGGGCCUCCGCUUUGUUCACCUGUCCUUUGUUUAUCCCAAUGACUAUACCCGUCUGAGCCACAUGGAGACCCAUAAUAAAUGCUUCUACCAAGAAAGUGCCUAUGACCAGGACAGGUCAAGCUUCCAGGAAUAUAUCAAGAUGGACAAGCCAGAGAAGCAUAGUCCGGAGCAGCCAGCAGGUUUGGAAGAUGGCCUCCUAGAAGAAUCCCAAUAUGAAGAAGCACCAGAGGAAACCCUCACUUCUCGAGACCGGAAUCCUGGGAUACAAGGGAGAAAACAGGAGGCUACUUCCACCCCGGGGCGGGGUGUCACUGACUACCACCUGCGGAAGCUCUUGGCACAUCCACAGAGUGGUCCUUUAGCACCUCUUUCCAAACAGAACCCUACAACUGCCUUUCCAAUCAGGACAAGUAACUUCCAAGUCCAGCGGCCGGAGAAAAGGACGGGGAAAACUAGCCCUGUGCCCAGCCGAGAUUUGUCUCAUUCUGAACAGGGGGCCCGGAGGAACCUGCCUCUCACCCAGAGAGCCAGGCCCACUGGUGACAGUCCUGGGAAGACUCUUGAGCAGUCCCAGUGGCUGAAUCAAGUGGAAUCCUUCAUUGCAGAGCAGAGAAGGGGAGACAGGAUAGAGCCUCCAGCCCCCAGCAGGGGCUGGCAUCCUGAGGAGGACGUGGUGAUAGCAGCGGACCAGGAAGGAGAAGUGGAGGAGGAGGAAGAGGGGGAAGAUGAGGAAGAAGAUAUGAGUGAGGUGUUCGAAUAUGUGCCUAUGUUUGACCCAGUGGUGAACUGGGGCCAGACCUUCAGCGCUCAGAACCUCGACUUCCAAGCCCUGAGAACCGACUGGAUUGACCUGAACUGUAACACAUCGGGCAACCUGUUGCUUCCGGAGCAGGAGGCCCUGGAGGUCACACGGGUGUUCCUGAGAAAGCUCAGCCAGAGGACCCGGGGGAGAUACCAGCUGCAGCGCAUUGUGAAUGUGGAGAAGCGCCAGGACCGGCUGCGUGGGGGGCGCUACUUCCUGGAGCUUGAACUGCUGGAUGGCCAACGCCUGGUACGGCUCUCGGAGUACGUGUCCACUCGAGGCUGGCGGGGAGGCAACCACGCGGGCAGGGAGGACACAGAAGCUCGGAACCUGCAGGGUCUGGUCUGGAGCCCACACAGCCGUCACAGACAUGUCCUGAAUGCCCAGGAUCCGGAGCCCAAGCUAUGCUGGCCUCAAGGUUUCUCCUGGAACCAUCGAGCUGUGGUCCACUUUAUUGUGCCUGUGAAGAACCAGGCUCGCUGGGUGCAGCAGUUCAUCAGAGAUAUGGAGAGCCUGUCCCAAGUCACUGGAGAUGCACAUUUCAGCAUCAUUAUCACAGACUAUAGCAGCGAGGACAUGGAUGUGGAGAUGGCUCUGAAGAGGUCCAGACUGCGGAGCUACCAGUACCUGAAGCUGAGUGGAAACUUUGAGCGCUCCGCUGGACUGCAGGCUGGCAUAGACCUGGUGAAGGAUCCACACAGCAUCAUCUUCCUCUGUGACCUGCACAUCCACUUUCCAGCAGGAAUCAUUGAUACCGUGCGGAAGCACUGCGUGGAGGGCAAGAUGGCCUUUGCCCCCAUGGUGAUGCGGCUGCACUGUGGGGCCACCCCACAGUGGCCCGAGGGCUACUGGGAAGUAAAUGGAUUUGGACUGCUCGGCAUCUACAAGUCCGACCUGGACAAGAUCGGAGGCAUGAACACCAAGGAGUUCAGAGACCGCUGGGGAGGGGAGGACUGGGAGCUGCUGGACAGGAUUCUCCAAGCGGGCCUGGAAGUGGAGCGGCUCUCCCUCAGGAACUUCUUCCAUCACUUCCAUUCCAAGCGAGGCAUGUGGAACCGGCGCCAAAUGAAGAUGCCGUGACGCCGGGUGGGCCAGCCGCUUCCAGCUCCUUGACUUGCAGUCGACCCCAGCGACCCCUGCUCGCUGCUGAGGAGGGACUCUGAGGAACUGAAGCCUCAGCUCUAAUUGUCCUCUCCACCGGGAACUGUCCCUUCAUGCAGGGAUGGGCGAGCUCCAAGGCUCCUCUGCCGCUCACCAAGUUGACAGAUGGACAGAUGCUGUGCAGUGAGGCUGGGAAGACAACACCUGCUUUCUUAGAAUACCAUCUUGUCCACUAAGGUGCAUUCCCACAGCCCAGCGCUCCUCACAGGGAGUGGUGACUGUGAACCAGAAACUUCAAUGGGACAGAUUUUAUUUGGGGUUGGAGGGGGAAAUAUGGGUAAUUUUUUAACAGAGAGUGAAGACUUCUAUCUAGACCCAGCACCAUCUGGGGUAAAGCUGUACGUUGCAGACCUCAGACCCACCUUGAGGUGCUGGUCCCACACAGAGUACUUCAGCUCCAGGGCCAGCCCGUGCCUUCUAAACCCACACGUCUCUCCUGGUGGCUACUGAACAGCUGGCCUUAACCCAAUCGGGCCAGUAACCCAAGUCGGACAGACAGAGGGUUCUCUAGACUGGAAACCCAACACCGGUGGCAUCUUCCUACUGCAAUGGGGUGUCGGGUGGGAAAGGGUGGGCAGCGGCCCCAUUCUCCCGGGUGUCUGCCAUAUGGGUUGUGUAGCACCAGCAAGGUCAAGC